AGACAAACGGGAGGGAUCGGACAAGGGAGCGUGGUUUGGCACUAUGGUCCUGUAGAUUUGAAAGAUUUGUGGAAGCGCCUUCAGACUGAUAAUGCUGUGGCAGAGUAGUGGUGGUCUGGCCGCAGUGCAAUUCCGCUCGAAAGGUGGUUUGAUUCCAAUGCUGAAAUACGCAAGAGACAGCUGAAUUUUUGGGAGAUUGAGCAUAUGGCCAUGCACGAUAAGAAUCGACACUGGCCACGGCGCUUGAAGGAACAUCCACACCUUUGUUGGGAACGGCAACAUAUGGCUUUGCACGACAAAGACCCUCCCCAGCGGCGGCCUUUGAGCCAACGACCUAAGAUCGACAAAUUGUCAGCUGUGCGAGAGCUACUACUCCGCUGGUGCCAUGUGCUGCGGAAGCAGGAACAACUGGCAGAGAAGGAACGUCUGAAAUUUUUGCGGCAGCGCAAGAAAGACCAGAACGAACGAAGGCGACAGAACGUCUUGAAGCGCCUGAGAAGAGCAACAGGCUCAGCGCUUGAGGAGGGAAACUCUCCGCAAAAAGAGGAUGUCGCCUGACCUGACCAUGGAUGAUAUUCUUGGACUCAAAAGGGAUUUGCAGUUUUCGUUUGUGAGGCUUACAAUCUGCAUGACGAUAACUCGACGAUGACCAUCAUGAGCUACUACGACUGUAUCUCCCCAGGUUC